AUGAUCAAAGCCAAGUGUGACACAAUCUUUGGCUGCUGGGUUUGGAUCCUCGUAGCAGCUACCACGGUGUAUUUCCCUUUGCUGCAAGGAUGGGUCAUGUACGUCUCGGUCAGCUCCUUUGUCAUCUCCUUUCUGCUCCUCCUGAGUUACUUGUUUGGCUUCCAUAAAAAGGUUGAAUCCUGGAGAAUUCUGGAUAGUCUUUACCAUGGAGCCACAGGCAUUUUUUACCUGAGCGCUGCUGUGUUGCAGGCAAAUGCAACAAUCCGUUCAGAGAGUGAAGUGGCAGCAGAUUUUAUCCCUCGCUAUUAUCAGCUCAAUGUUGCAGCCACGUUGUUUGCUUUAGUGUCUUCGAGUCAGUGUUGA